GGGGCCGACUGUGAUGGCCACAGACGUUUCUUUCGGGUUCGACCGACUUGGUCCUCUGGGUGCGAUCUCUUCAACUUCUCCGACAUGAUUGCUUUUUUCCGAUGUCUGCUGUCCUUGAGCGCUUUUCUGGCGCUCAUCGCAUCCGGGCUCGCCUUGCCUGCUAGCGAGACCACGGUUGAAAAAGUCGACGAUGUGUGGCAUCCGAUCACAACUCUCGAUGAGACGCUCGUCGGCGAGUCGGGUGCUAAACAACAGGAAGAUGACGACAAAACUAGCGCUAAAUCUGCUAGUGAUGACGAUGACGUCAAAGUCAAGACUGUGUUACGAGCCAUCCGAUUGGUCGAAGACAGCCAAAACCCAAACGAAGAUAAUGGUUCAACUGUAAACGAGGCUUCAGUUAACGGCAGUACAGAUGAUUUUUUCUAUAAUUAUGAGUAUCCCUUGUACGACACUCAAGAGGUUCCAGAAAAUGUGGCUGAAGGUUCAGAGGCAAGUACCAAGGCUCAGGAUGAACGCAAGAAACGACACUCGGUGCCGGUUGUGAGUGGGCAACCAUUGCAAGGCGGAACUUCUGUUCAGACAUCUGGUCAACAGCAAACUACGGGUCUAAAAUUAGGUUCUGCAGCCGCGCUAAGCCACCAACAACAAUCCUCGUAUCGUCAUAAAUUACAACACCAUCGAUUACAAGACCUUCAAAGUGGCGGAGUUUUGCUGUCUCAACCAAAAAUAAUUGUCAGGCAACAGCUAGAACGAGGACCCAUCUCUACCGAAACCAGCCAGCUCGGAUACAGGCUUCAAGCGGUCGUGAGCGGUAACAAUAAUCAAGAAUCUACUGAGUACUCUCCAUCUCAGCAAGAACUCCAGCAGAUUUCAAGUACUCUUAAUCCAGCUUACACGAAUACCAAUUCUCAGGUUGGACUUGCCCAAGGUACUUCUUCCAGAACCGACGCUGCGAAGGUUCUCUAUGUACUGGGAUUGCUCUCUAAGUUUGGAACCCAAGGAAGUGGCUCAUCUGCAACAUCUCAAUCCGUUAGCCCGAUAAGUACGUCCAGCGGAUCGUCUUAUUAUAGUUUGAAUGGAGGACAACCAUUGUCGUUGACUGGGUCUGUGGUUAAGUUGGGUGAAAAACAGGACUUCAGUCAACUCUCUGAAAUUGGUAGCCAGGCAAAUUCUGCUUCUGUUCAACGCGUUUCAAUAAUCCGACUUCUACAGCCUCUCAUUCGCUAUGUUGCAGUGCAAAAAGAUUCUCCUCAGGGUCAAUGGCAGAGCUUUUUGGAAAAAAUUAGCAAUCAGGAGUCCACCGUUGGUUAUCAGACACUAAUUGAACAGAUUCAGAGUGAAAACUUGCGGCAACAACGCUUACUACAACGACUUCAAUUCUGGCGAAACCUUGCCACAAAACUCAAAAAGUUUCAAGACGGGCUCCAAUGUGUUUCCAACUAGAACCUUGCCAACUUCUUGGAAUUUCGGAUGAUAUCGCUCAAACUAUAAGGAUGUUCAACACUAUGAAAUUUUACACGUUUGUGUCAAUAAUGACUAUAAGAUGAGGAUUUUCGUUUCACUUGGUUGUGUUAAAAAAUAUAAAAGCGUUCGGUCUGUUUCUUAUGUAUGCCCUGAAUAUUGAAGGGGAAAAUCGUUGCAUUUAAUCUCACUCUUGUGCACGAAAAAUAUCGAUGUACUGCAUUCCUGAUUUUUUCAAAAGGCUGAAAAUUUAUUGCACAUUUCCUUCUUUCACCUACAAAGAUAUCAUGUCAAGUCAUUGAUUGAAGUUAAUUAUAGUUAAAUGUAAAUCACUGCACAGCA